AGGGGGCCCCUGCUCAUCAGGCCCGCCGGGGCGGGGCCCGUCGGUGUGGGCGCCCCCGCCUUCAUUCCUUUUCCCCUCCCAAGCGCGCCGUCGGCCCCUUCGCAGAGUGGAAGGCCGGCCGGCCUUGGGGGGGCGGGCGCCCGGAUCGGCGGAGCGGUAAAUAGAAACAUGCGCCACGCAUCCCCCCGGGCGCGCUUUUUGUUUUCCCGACGUGCCGCACCAAAGGAAACAAUACAAAAGCGCGGCCCCGCUCUGCAGCUCGGCCUGCUCCCACGGCCGCGGGCGCGCCUUUUCCCAUCGCAAUCUAUCUAG